CUUAUAAGUCCGUGCUCUUUACAGAAAUACAGAUACAGUGUUCGAGUUCGAGUUGACGUUUAGGCUUAGGUUCUUACUAGUGAUUAUAAUAUGCUCUUUAGUUCUUACUGAAGGUGUUUUAAUAGCGAAGGCUUGCCGUUCAUUUUGCGUCAUCAACAUGUUGGGAGUAACCGAAGAAAAACGUCAAGUACCAAAGAUGUUGCAAAAAAUUUUGCAGUAUGAUAUCCAGGUCACCAAAAAGUUUGUUGAUGGUGCACUGCAAAACACAGCUUUGAGGUCACUGCGCAACCAUGCGAAGUUUCUUGAGGUGUCAUGCCAUGGUAUAGUGUGGCUUGCUGGCUGGCUUAGUUUUAUAUGGUUAUUCAAUAAUAAAGACUUGUAUCAACUGCAAGUGAAUAUGUUAAUAGCUCUUAUAAUGGACAUUGUUGUAAUAGCAGUUCUAAAAGCUUUCGUACGAAGGCGACGACCGGUACCCAUGAACAAGCUGUCAGCCCUCGGUCCUGACAAGUACUCGUUCCCGUCGGGGCAUGCCAGUAGAUCCGUGCUAGUUGCCUUCACCCUCAUGUACUUGAGCCCCGUAUCGAUAAUAUUCUACCCCCCUCUCCUCGCGUGGGUGACAUCUGUGUGCCUGUCGAGGGUGCUGGCAGAGAGACAUUACUUCCUAGAUGUUAUCGCCGGAUGCGGUCUUGGAGUCCUAGAAGGGCUGUUAAUGGCCUUGAUUUGGUUAUCUCAGAACACCUCUGCCAGCAUUUUAUCUUCUCUCUCCGAUGAAAAACUUGACGGAGGAGAAUAUCAUGUUUAAAACUCUGAAAUGCAUUUUUCCAAAGCAUCAAUAACGAAAGCUUCAUACCUGUGUCAUUUAACCCGAUCUAGGCAGUGUUUUUUACACGUUAUUUUUAGUGCAUAAAUAAACUAUAUUUAAAACAUUGUAAAAACAAAUGUGUUUUCAAAGCGAAAAGUAAUUUUAUACCUGUUAUUAGUGUUUGAAUACCUUGAAUUACUUAGAGAAAUAAAAAUAUGUAAGAUUUUCAUUUCAACA